AUGGGAGAACUCCACGCACGGUACAAGUACAGAGUCGACCGCAUGACUUAUGCCUGUCCUGGUGAAGACGACGACAAGACGCGUGGACAGCAGUCGCGCCCGCUGCUGGAGAAACGCGUGCGCAGCUACAUGUCGUUCACCCCAUCGUCAGACCUCUUUCGCCGCGUGCGAGCUGAUUUGAACAACGUGCAGAUUCUGAAGCUUGGUGGCUUCGACCUUGGCGAUCGAGGAGCGUGGGUACUCGGGAAAGCACUGGCGUCCAACGAAAGCCUCGGGUUGCUGGAUCUCGGAUUCAACGGUAUCACAAGCAAGGGUAUCGAGCAGAUUGCGGAAGCUCUUGAGGAAGGCAAGAAUCGGACGCUCAAGACGUUGUAUCUCAGUGGAAACGGCGUUGGCGUUGGUGGCGCGGCGCGACUCGCGGGAGCAUUGCGGUCCAACAAGUCGCUCAAAACGCUGUACCUGAGCGGAAAUGGCAUCGGGGACGAAGGGCUGAAGCAUCUUGCCGACAUGCUGCGGGUGAACACAUCGCUCACAGCGUUGUACCUUGGCACAAAUAGCAUUGGCAGCGGAGGAAUGGCCCACCUCGCGGACGCGCUCACGGUCAAUGAGCACGUGGAAGAGCUCAUGCUGAGCCAGAAUCGCAUCGAGUCUGCUGGGGUCUUGAGCCUCGUCGAGGCGUUUGCGACGGCGAAUCUGCCACUCCAGACACUGGAGAUUGGGUUCAACGGUAUCGAUGCGGCGGGGGUGACCGCACUCGCUGAUGUCCUUGAUUCCCGACCCAACCAACUUCAAAAUCUGUACUUGGACAACAAUCCCGUGGGCGAUGCCGGUGCUGCAGCGUUGGGGCGCUGUCUCGCCAAGAAGGCCAAGUCGCACUCGUCCCUCCGUGUCCUCGACUUGAGCUACGCCCAGUUGAGUCUGCUCGGCUUCCGCGACUUGUGCAUGGGACUUCGAGAUUCCACCACCCUCAUGGGACUCCUUCUCGACGGUCACGAUUGGGCUUCUACCAAGUACAUGGAGCGGCCGCCGCCGAAUGUCGCUUCACUCGCCAAAGAUGACGCCUACCAGUACGCCGCCAAGUGCGUCGUGACGGCACUUCAGAUGAACCCGUCGCUUCCCCUCGUAAAGUUGACUGGAGUCAACUUGAGCUUUGCGCCGGGGCUGAACGUCGAUCUUCCCGAAGGGAAGGAGGCCAUGCAACCGGUUUGUGCAUUGAACGAGCGCAUCAUGAACCACGUUCGACGAGUGGCUAUGGGCAACCAAACCAACGCGACCGCGCCGCCGCCAUCGAGCGAGCUAGCGUGUGGAGACAGAUAUCAAGAAAUGAUCCAUCAAUCACGGAAGGUGCUGGAGAAGAUCGCCGCGCUCCCUUUUGACGCGGACGAAUUGAACGCGCUGUGUGCGUACUAUUGCGCGGAUUUGCUCAAACCACAGCAGCAGCAGCAGAAUAAAGGCGAUGAUCCAUUGCACCCGGCCAAACGACGGAGGCUGUCUGUGGACCACUCGAACGAAGCCAUCAACGACCAGAACGACCAUCCCUCCCCUCGAAUCAGUCCUCCUUGUCGCGUCGCCGUGUAUCCCAAAGUUGAGCAUCGGCUGCGUCUCCUGGCACGAAGGGAGGACGAAAUCGAGCGGCACUGCGGCGUGCUUACGGUUCUCCGACAGCUGCACUAUUUAGUCAAGUCACUGAACUCGAUGGAGAACGCUUCGGCGCUCAUUGAGACCGUCUUAGGCACGGACGAAGGCGGCAGUACCGGCAGUUCCGCAAUACACUUGCCGCAGAUCCCAGCAUUUGGAAACAUGAGCGCCGCCGCGACGACUGCAACGGCGCCAAAUGAAGUCCUCAGCCAUGGACUCCCGGCAGUUGAAAUCUUUAGCGGUUGGAUGCAGAUCAAGACACAGAGCUACGUGAAUGUACGGCCUCGACAUGUUCGUUACAGUGUCUUGGCAGUGCACCCGUUGAAACCCACGAGCAUCAUGAUGUACACGUUCAAGUUCCAGCCGUCAACAGAUGAGUUGGCUGCGGCGUUGGCUGACUGCUCGACCAAAACCGCAUACUCGGACCUCAAAUUCGUCCCAUGGGACAAGCGGGAUCGUGGAUUCCUCCUUCAUGCCUUGGACAAGGAGGAUCGACCAUGCGUGCUUGAGGUGGAGGUCAAGACAACUGACUUGUACGACGCGUGGGCCAACAACCUCACUUCCGAGUCCACAUGGCGCAACGUGGCAACGGCGGCACUUCAAAAGCUGCCCAAAGCCAAGACCGAAAUGUGGCGCAAGGGGGCGUCCAUUCACCGCGGGCUCCAGAAUGACACGGGCGAGAACAAUUGUUUUCUCAACGUGAUCAUCCAAAGCUUUUGGCACUUGGUGCCGCUACGUCGUUUGCUCUUGGACGUCACGAUCAAAGAGAGCGCCGACGAGAAGAACGACGAUGGCAGCGAGACCGCUGCCACCAACGUGCUCAAGACGCUCAAGGCUACCAUGAUGGCGUACGAAGAUCCGUCGUCGGGGUCACUCCAUCCUAAGGAGUUGCGCCAAGGGCUCAGUCUUCUCUACAAAACGGACAAACUGUUUGCCGAAGGAUCGAUGGCCGAUGCCGAAGAAACACUUCUGACGAUCUUGAACCUUAUGCACCAGCAAUCGGAUAUGAUUGAACUCACCGAGGCCGAGCGCGCCACACUCAAGCGAACGCGGACAAUUACAAGCAAGAGCGUCGAAGGCUACGUCGAGAAGCCGUUGGCAGUGUUUGACCCAAACAGCAUUCCACACAUUGUGUUUAGCCAUCAAAUCUACGACCGACAUGUGUGCCAGAAUUGUCGCCACUCGUCGCCAUGGGAGCUGUGCAGCAACUUGGUCUUCAGCACUUACGCGACGGCUGCGCUGAGUUUGCGGCAAUCCAACAUGGAGUCGAUGCUUAAGCACCUCCCCGACGCAAUCAACGGCGACUUGGGCACUUGCCAUGACGAAGCAUGCAACGGCAAGCUUGCUACCGAGCGCGUGAUCCAUCGGUUUCCACCGGUGUUUGCCAUGUCUCUGCUAUGGUCCAGCAACAGCCCGCCGAAAGAAGACAUCCAGACGCUGCUCUCGACGAUCAGCGACACGCUGGACCUGUCCGAAGCGUUCAGUGUCGACGGAGAAGCCGCCAAGAUGGCCCAAGUUCUCCACGGUAUUCGAGCUCAGUACCGGUUCAAGGGUUUUGUAUGCUACUAUGGCAAGCACUAUUUUGCAUUCUUCUUCAGCACCGCGCACCAGCUCUGGCUGCUAUUUGACGACAACAAGGUGACCGACAUUGGCAAGUGGACCGACGUUGUCGAACACUGUGUGAAAGGGCGCUACCAGCCCGUUUUACUCUUUUACGAAGUACCAGACGCCCGAAAGGAUUCGUCCAUUGGGCUCUUUCGUGGAGAAACCGUGAUGGCUGUGCCAGAGCAAAAACCAGCACCAACACCUGGGACGUCGCAGAUCCUGGCGUCGCUCAAGUUGAGUGGUUCGUCGUCAGCCAAGUCGGCCAUCAUCGAGCCAUCCGACGCUCGGGUGGCACCGGCGGCCGUUGUGACACUCCAGAACGCAAAUGGGUCCCUGAGCCAGCUCCCCACGGCGGGCGCGAGCAAAUUGUGGCAAAAUAUCACGGCCGUGAACGAGGCCAUUGCGAUGCCUCCACGCACCAACAUUAUGCUCAAACCACUGCAGCCGCUCGAGUACGACGUGGAGUUCCCAGUCGAUGCAGUUGUCCUGGGGCUGUACUUGGAAAAACUCGACGACGACUUGUGCGUGACAGCGUUUCCCCGCACCCCUCACGGGGACAAGUUGGAGGCGGAAGCGAGUGGCGUCAUUGGGCUUUUUGACACGGUUGUGAUGGCCAACGGCCAUCCCCUUGGCCAUUACACGGUGGACAGAGCACUCAAGAUGAUCCAAGCACAGAAACGCCCGCUGCGCAUUCGAUUCAAGAAGUCCCAGCGGGUUCAAACGCUGCUGGACAUGGGAUUCUCUUUGGACCGAGCACUGGAAGGACUUCGCGUUGGACGAGGCAGCGUCGACGUCGCCGCGGAGCACUGCUCUACGUCGCAGACGUAAUCGAUGUGUAAUGCGAUGUCGUGGCGGAUGUGAGGGUCGCGUGGUAUAUAUCAUGUGUCGACGGCAAGGCUUGGGGCGACUUGUGCAACGAGAGAAAGGGAGAUGUCAUGACUGGUCGCACCCAUCGAACGAGUGGACGAUCAACUUGCGUUUGAAAAGUGAUGUGAUGUUGUCGAUCGUGUCGAACGUCUGCCUGCCUGCUGGCAUCGAAGUCGUUGAGUCGCCGAUGCUUGCCUUCACGCCAUGCCCAGCGCAAGGUGAGGAUAUUGGUUGCCGAUCCGGCGCACGAAUAC